CUCUUCUCUUCAACUUCGCUCUCCUUUUCAAAUUCGAUUUAGGUGAAGAAACCGCUUAGUCUUCUUCUCUUUCGCAUUCACGCCCUCUCCUGGGCCUAGAGAUUAGGACUCUUGAUCUUCAUCAUGACGGCCGAACCAGACUCGGCCAAAAUGGCGAGGGCGUUAGAUGACAAUGACAAUGAUCUCAAAUUCGGCAUGGCAAUGUAUCGAUCCGAAGCCAAAUUCAUCCGCGAGCAGUUCGCCGAACAGAUCCACAACUUUGAGCGCUCUUUUCAGGAAAUCAAGAUCAUAGCAAAGGCAUUCUUGAUCAAGUGCGAGCGAAUCACUCCCCACCGUUCUAUACGCAAUGACACUACUUUCUCCAAGAUUAUCUGCCAGUUCAUUGAGUAUUCCAAUACCAUUCUCGGUAUUCUAGACUUCAUGAAAUUCGAGACUGGGUUUUAUGGUGGAGGAGAUCCCGUUAUGGAAGACCAUGUCAGAGGCGCUCAAAAGACUGCGCUGCGCUUGGUGGAAGGUUAUAUUCUUCUAAAGAAUGUUGCCUCUCUUCCCGGUGCCGAUGAGGGCCUUGAAUAUGGUCGACAUAUCAAGGUCUCUGGAGACACGCUGCUGCUUAGAUCAGCUAAUAUGCGUAGCACCAACGACCCAAGAUCCACGCGUUCCGCAAACUGGCGCUCGGCACCUAUACUUGACCCAAUCCUACGCAACCCUGGAACUCCAUGGCACAAAUACAUCGCAAUUCUCGAACAUAAGAAUCUACAGCAAGGAUCGGUCCGAGACAUGAUCAAUCAGUUCAGUCGCUACUCACUCCUCGAACCCAAAGGAGGAGAUUCACCCCAGUCCUCAAAUAGGCCUGAACUUUUCAGAGAAGAAUAUCAGCCAGCAUUCCGGAUCUGGGUCCCCUACUAUGGUACUAUGCGUCUCAGGACAGAUAUUAGAAUAUUCGACAAGAUGGCCAAAUCUUUAAUUAGAGCGGCUUAUAUACGAGAACAUGGCGUGCCGCCGGAUGAUAAUUCUACCGAGAUUGCCCGUAUCACAAAAGAGUUGAAGCACAAAGUUAUGGGCUUUAAAUCUCACUACCACCGCGUGAUGAAAUCCGUCAAUGUCCCUGUGCAGGCUUUCCCAGGAAAGAAACGUGCCUACAUGGUUGACAAUCUCGGAAACCUUAAGUUCGAAGCAAUGAACACGGUGCUGGAAUAUCCAGAUAUGGACGGUGCGGUAUUGCGGGUGAGACCACAUACUCUGAUGGUAGAACAUUUGGGCAUGCACGAGGUUGUCCAAUAUGAAAUCGCCCAUCACGGAAAACCCCUCUCGUGGUCGCUGAAAGAAGGCGAGUAUAGAGAGCUUGAGUGAGCUAAAAACACAGGAAUCGCGAAAAAGGGGUCGAGGGAUGGGAUCACAAAUUGAUAGCUUAGGAAAUGAAUCUGGUUUUGGGACACUUGCUUAUUGCUAAAAGUUUUGCCCUGCUCUGGGCUGUGCUAGGAUUAACUAGGCAACCAAAGAGCAUCCCGCGUUUCUUUGUUCUCUCCCCUGCUAAAACCAUGAGAGGGGCCCCAUU